UGGAGAAGAUGCGGGAACGUGUUGGAAGAGCAGUAACAGUAAAUAAGUCCAGGAGAGGCGGUAAUCACGCUCAGGCCAACACCACCACCAGCUCAGACGCACGCACACCCGCAGACUUGGAUAUGUAGCACUCCCUCUCCCUCUUCUCUCCCUCUGAACGAACCUGUAGGCGUUGCCCUCAAGUCUCAAUCCCUCCCACUCGUUUCGGUAUCCUCUUUCCCACCUUCGCCAUCUUCACUCUUGCGAUUCCCUAACGAAGGAAAAAUACAUUGAACGUUAAUGGAGUCGACCGAGUCUUCCUACAUGUCGUCUCCAGAGGGACCCGGUCCUCGGAAACCUGCUUCGCCACGGCCUAAUUCUCCUUCCCCUGAUUCCGUGGAGAAGUCAACAUGUGUUAGGUUUCUUGUAUCCAAUGCUGCAGCUGGUUCUGUCAUUGGAAAGGGUGGUUCAACCAUCACUGAUUUUCAAUCACAAUCUGGAGCACGAAUUCAGUUAUCACGCAAUCAUGAGUUCUUUCCUGGGACUACAGACAGGAUUAUCAUGGUUUCUGGGGCAAUAAAUGAGUUACUAAAAGCUGUUGAACUCAUUCUUUCUAAGUUGCUGAGUGAGCUUCAUACUGAAGACGAGAAUACUGCUGAUCCGAAAAUAAAAUUGAGACUCAUUGUCCCUAACAGCUCUUGUGGUGGAAUAAUUGGCAAGGGAGGCGCUACCAUUAGGUCGUUUAUUGAAGACUCUCAAGCUAGCAUUAAGAUCUCUCCACAAGAUAAUAAUUAUUAUGGAUUGAAUGAUAGGCUAGUGACACUGAUAGGAGCUCUGGAUGAGCAAAUGCGUGCACUUGAGUUAAUUGUUUCUAAGCUAGCUGAAGAUCCUUAUUAUUCUGAGUCCAUGAACUCUCCAUUCUCAUAUUCAGGUGUUGUCUUUUCCGGAUAUCAUGGUGUUCCAUAUGCCUAUGUGCUUCCUUCUGUCCCAGCAGCAGCAUACAAUGCAACAAAUUAUCGACCAAAUGGUGCUGGAAAGAAGUUCCAGGAGAUCAAGGAGGAGCUGAGUAAAUCACUGACCAUCGGCGUUGCAGAUGGCCAUAUAGGGUUGGUUGUUGGUCGUGGUGGAAGGAAUAUAAUGGAAAUUAGUCAGGUUAGUGGGGCAAGGAUUAAGAUAUCAGACAGGGGUGAUUUCCUAUCUGGAACAAAUGAUAGGAAAGUUACGAUAACCGGAUCACAGAGAGCCAUACGAACAGCUGAAACUAUGAUAAUGCAGAAGGUUGCUUAUGCUGAGGAGAGGGCAAUGGAGUAGUUUACGUUCGAAGAAGCACCCUUGUCUAGUGUUGGGAUGCUUGGUGACUUGAACCUGCCUUCUAAUUUCUUAUCUUUUUUUUUUUUUUAAAGAUUUAUUUACGUAAAUGCCAUACAAGUGAUGCGUUGAGAGGUCUGAAUGUUGUUAGAGGGGGAGACGGGGCAGCAUCUGUCUUUUCUUUUUUUUUCUUUUCUUUUUCUUUUUUGUUCUAGUGAGAGCGAUCUUACAGGAAUUCUUUUCAGAACGGAGUAUAAGAUCCUUCGGGAAGGCCGUUAGUGCUUAAUCAAAUGUAGCAAGUAGAAGUGUAUCUUUAUUGCCUUUCAUUUUACUAAAUGUUGGAAGUGAAAGUAGCUAAUGAGUCCAAAAUGUACCUUUUUUCA